AUGGAAGUCCGUUGCAAACUGUUUAUGGGAACACUUAAGAAGGCGACACUUGAUUGGUUCAGCGGCCUCCCCGACCGAUCAAUCACCGGCUUCGACGCUUUCAGUCGGCUCCUCAUGGCACAGUUCGCCGCGAACAAGAAGAAGCCACCGAUUACGUCGGACUUGUUCAACCUCAAGCAACAACGGGAGGAGUCGUUGAAGGACUUCCUGCAGCGUUUCAAUGAAGUCGCCUUGAAGAUAGCAUCUUUGGACGAGAGGAUGGUUGUCAUCGCAUUCCAAAAGAGUCUGAGGUCUGGUGCAUUCGACGUCGCGCUGGAAAGAGCAAAUUGCCAGACGAUGUCGGAAGUAAGAGCCUUCGCACUAAGCCACAUUAAGACGGAGGAGGGGCAGAUCAGUAAGAGAGCAGUGGAAAGCCGAGAGGCAGGAGGCAGUAACAAGGAAACUAACAAGCAUCUCCGACCGCGGUCGAAUUGGAAUAAGCGACGCGAUCGCUACAACACAAAUGAGGAUAACUACCGGCAGGCCAAUCAUGUCGGUCGGCCAAGAGCCGAGUGGAGACAAAACAGGGAAGAGGAGAAGUUCACUCCGCUCAAUGUUCCCAGGCGACACCUACUGCAUGACGUCAAUAGUGCAUCACUGUUCGAGUUCCCUGCGGCGACCGACAGACAGUUGGGGCCGUAUAAAACCGAUUGGUGCGAAUUCCACCGGACCCAUGGGCACACCACCGAGAAUUGCUUCGUUCUCGGCCGACAGAUUGAGCGCCUCAUCAAGGAAGGACGUUUAAAAAAUUUCAUUGCAGGUAAACAGGAGGAGGGCCCGUCCGACAGGUGA